AUGAAAUCCCUCCUUGCACUGCUGCUGGUUCUUCUGGACCUGGGACAGGCCUAUGGAGCUAUACACAGGGUACCCCUCAGAAAGCAUCAGUCCAUCCGGAAGAAGCUGCGGGCCCGAGGCAAGCUCUCAGACUUCUGGAAGUCCCAGAACUUGGACAUGAUCCAGUUCAGCGAGUCCUGUAAAAUGGACCAGAGUACCAAUGAGCCACUCAUCAACUAUCUGGAUGUGGAAUACUUCGGCACUAUCUCCAUUGGAUCCCCACCACAGAACUUCACUGUCAUUUUUGACACUGGCUCCUCCAACCUCUGGGUCCCUUCUGUUUACUGUACCAGCCCAGCAUGCAAGACUCACCCGGUGUUCCAUCCAUCCCAGUCCAGCACAUAUGAGGAGGUAGGGAAUCAUUUCUCCAUCCAGUAUGGUACUGGGAGCCUGACCGGAAUCAUCGGAGCUGACCAAGUCUCUGUGGAAGGGCUGACUGUGGACGGCCAGCAGUUUGGAGAGAGUGUCAAGGAGCCGGGCCAGACUUUUGUGAAUGCAGAGUUUGAUGGGAUUCUGGGCCUGGGAUACCCUUCACUGGCUGUUGGAGGGGUGACCCCAGUGUUUGACAACAUGAUGGCCCAGAACCUCGUGGAUCUGCCUAUAUUUUCUGUCUACAUGAGCAGUGACCCACAAGGUGGCUCAGGAAGUGAGCUGACUUUUGGAGGCUUUGAUCCCUCUCAUUUCUCUGGGAACCUCAAUUGGAUUCCAGUCACCAAGCAAGGCUACUGGCAGAUUGCACUGGACGGAGUCCAGGUGGGAGACACAGUGAUGUUCUGCUCUGAGGGCUGCCAGGCCAUUGUGGACACAGGGACCUCCCUCAUCACUGGCCCCUCCCACAAGAUCAAACAGCUUCAAGAGGCCAUUGGGGCCACACCCAUGGAUGGAGAAUACGCUGUGGAUUGUGCCAACCUCAACACGAUGCCAAAUGUGGCCUUCAUCCUCAACGGGGUUUCAUAUACCCUCAGCCCAACUGCCUACAUCCUGCCGGACUUAGUGGACGGGAUGCAGUUCUGCGGCAGCGGCUUUCAAGGACUUGACAUCCAGCCACCAUCUGGGCCCCUCUGGAUCCUGGGGGAUGUCUUCAUUCGACAGUUUUACGCAGUCUUUGAUCGUGGAAAUAACCAAGUGGGACUGGCCCCCGCAGUCCCCUAAAUAGGGAUGUAUGUCUAUACCUGAUACCCUUUAGCCUGUUAGAUUUCUUUAUACCUAUCCAAAAGUCAUUUCCCAUGGGAUGCAGUCAUCCCAGAGUAUUCAGACUACAGAAAGCAUAAGAGCACACACAUACCACCUCCACCACCACCACCAUGAUGGAAGAAUGAAGUUCUGUUUAUAGUCUUAAUUGCUUAAUUGUGUCAACUUCCAAUUAUGGAACUCUCCAAACACAUAUGCAAGUAGAUGUGAUGGCAAGAUAAAUCCCUGUGCACCUCUACCAUCCACAUGUGGUCAGGCCCCUUUAUCCUCUCUCCCUCUGGCUCCACACAUCUAAAUUCAGAAGCAAAUUCUAAGUACCAUAUCAUUUUAUCUAGUGUCUAAUAUCCUUACAUGUCAUAAAUGUGUACCUUUUUUUUUUUUACAGUUGGUUUAUUUGUAUCCGGAUUCAAACCAGAUCCAUAACUGGGGGGAAAAACCCAUAAAUUGC